AUGAGUCGAGAAUUCUGGAUGGGAGAAGAUGGGAGGGAUAAAUUGGGGGUUGUUUUUAAAGCUUGUUUUAGAGUGAGUAGUUUGGGGAAGGCCUUUGGGUUUUGGUGUAAUGAGGAGGAUAGGAGCGUGUACAUUGUUUGCCAGAAGCUUGCUUCGUCUAGCUUUAUUGAUUGUGUUUUCAAUAGAAGGAAGGAUGAAGAGGAGAGGCUCAUUGCUGAUGAAAUUAGGUUUUGGGGAGUGGUUGGUGUAGAGAUAUGUGAGAUUUUGAUGCGCUUGCAUUUAGAGGGGCUAACUGUUGGUUACCUGAGUUUGAAUUGUCUCGGUUUCGAUGAUUUUGGUCGGGUGUGUGUAGACUUAAGCGAGGUUUUGAAAAGCGGUAGGAGAGUGAGCAAGAAUGUGGAAUUUGGUUUGAAAGAUAUGUUCUUGGAGCAUAACGCUGUGUUUCUUAGUCCUGAGGUGUUGUUGCAGUUAUUUGUGAAGGCGGGGUUUGAGUUGGAUUCGCGAAAUGUGUCUAAAGUCGGUCCUGUUUCAGAUGUUUGGUCACUUGCGUCUUUACUGGUUUGCGUUCUUGUUGGAAGCUCUUUUGAGGAAGAAAUGGAGUCUUUCUUGCAUUCUGUGGUUAAUGCUGUUAAAGACGAAAAGGGUUGUGAUUAUGAUGGUUUGUACCUAGCCUGGAUGGGGAAAGUUUCUGCGUUAUUGAAGAGCAGACUGGGAUCGGAUUUUGCUUCGUUGCUGGAUGUUUUGUGCAGAUGUCUGGGGUUAGAACCUGGCCAUCGGCCUCUUGCAACUGAGCUAUGGAAAUGCUUGAGGGGGCUGGUUGUUAAACCUCAGUGUGAUAUUGGAUUCACCUUGAAAAAUGAGAACAAGAAUCAAGAAUCGGGUGGUUAUAUAGUACUAGGUGAUGUAUGCUGCAUGGUUGAUGGAACGGGCCAUGGCUCGAAGGGAGAAGAAGAGGCUGAGAGGGAUGAUGCGAGAUUGAGGGUUGAAGGAGAUGUAGUUGAUGGGAUCACUCGUGGUGAUUUCAAAUGUCUAGAAGUGAAAGGAACAGGACUACAUGGAAUCUACUACAGGAACGUGUCACAUGUGAAAUAACAAGGGCUGAUUUGAUGUAUAUUUUGGACUUAAACUAGGGUUACAAAAAAUGACUUUUGGAAU